AAUCUCGGUGACUGUCGUGUUUGUGUUGUGGUGCGGUGGUUCUUCUCGAGCAGUCUUUCUCUCCGGACAAAAUUUUGCCGUCCAAACUCGUUUAACACGAGAGAAGAUCUCUACCGGAUUAUUUAGAAGAAAAUUAGCUACUCAAAAUGCCCAGCUUCAAAGUGAAAGUAAAGUGGGGGAAAGAGAUGUUCCCUGAUGUGGAAGUCAACACAGAAGAAGACCCACUGUUAUUUAAAGCUCAACUGUUUGCUUUAACCGGAGUCCAGCCAAAUCGUCAGAAAGUAAUGGUGAAAGGAAUGACUUUAAAAGACACAGAGUGGGGCAAUAUGCCUCUGAAGGACGGUGUGAUGGUCCUUCUGAUGGGGAGCAAAGAAGAGGAUGUACCUUCAGAGCCAGCAGUGAAACCUGUAUUCAUGGAGGACAUGAAUGAAUCAGAGCUAGCCUCAGCCAUGGACCUCCCUGCUGGCCUCACAAACUUGGGUAACACUUGCUACCUUAAUGCCACUGUUCAGUGUUUAAAAACUGUCCCUGAGUUGCGAGAUGGGUUACAAACCUUUGAAGCAAGUGUUGGAGGAGGAUCUUUUGUUCCGUCACAGUCAAUUACAGUAGCUCUGCGGGAUCUGUACUCUGCGAUGGAUAGAGGAGCAUCUUUUUCUCCAGUGGUCCUGCUGCAAGUACUUCGACUAGCUUUCCCUCGCUUUGCAGAAAAGGGUGCUGGUGGCGUCUAUAUACAGCAGGAUGCCAAUGAGUGCUGGACGGAACUUGUCAGAAUGCUUCAACAAAAGCUUCCUGCUAAGGCGGUUGAAGGAGCCGUAAAAGCACCAAAGUCUCUCAUUGAGCAGUAUUUUGGUGGGCAGUUUGAUGUUGAGUACAAAUGUGUUGAAGCUGCUGAUGAGCCACCUACACGCACUGAAGAAGACUUCUUGCAGCUAAGCUGCUUUAUUUCACAAGAUGUGCGCUAUAUGUUGUCAGGCCUUCGUUCGAAGCUCCAAGAACAGAUUACUAAGAACUCCCCUUCUCUUGGGCGGGAUGCUGUGUACACCAAAACUAGUAAAAUUAGCAGAUUGCCUGCAUAUCUUACAGUACAGUUUGUACGUUUUUAUUAUAAAGAGAGAGAGUCUGUCAAUGCAAAAAUCUUAAAAGAUGUCAAGUUUCCCAUGGAGUUUGACGCAGUUGAAUUAUGUACCACAGAACUGCAGGAAAAGCUGGCACCCAUGAGGGACCGCUUCAAGCAAUUAGAGGACAAAAAAGUUGAGGAGCAGCUCACUCUCAAGGACAAGAAAGGUGGUGACACCAAAGUGAAGACAACAAAGGAACCAUACUGGUUGGAAAAUGAUCUAGGUUCCAAUAACUCCGGUUACUACACACUCCAGGCAGUGCUGACACACAGAGGUCGUUCAUCAUCGAGUGGUCAUUAUGUUGGCUGGGUGCGACAAAACGACAACACAUGGUUGAUGUGUGAUGAUGACAAAGUCACCCCUGUCUCCUCAGAAGACAUCUUAAAGCUGUCUGGCGGCGGAGAUUGGCAUUGUGCCUAUGUUUUACUGUAUGGGCCCCGUAUCCUGGAGCUUCCUGAAGGAACAGUCCUGAAGGCCCCUGAAAGAACAGCAGAGAAGAUGGAAACUGAAACUGCCAGCACCCCUCAAGAAUAAUGUUCCAUUAAUUCUUUAAAUGCCUCAAAUGGUUUGUUAGUAAAUCAACCAAAUGACUUCACUUUGGGAAAUGAACUCAACUGUGCUAUCUUUCAGAAUUCCUCUUUAUCUCAAGAUAUUAUUUAAAACCAAUGUACUAACAAUUUUCCUCCACAAAUUUCUGAGAUAUUUUAUAUGCCUGCUAGCAUUUGUGGAAUCUGUCUUGUUGCCCACACCUGAUUAUAAUAAAAUUAAUU